AUGUGUGUGUUUUCAUUAUCUACUCAAGUGCUUGAUUUUGGUGGCUGUUUGAUGGUAGGCUAUUCAGGGAUUCCAAAGAUUGAAAAUGGUCAGAAUCCUGCUACAUGGAUGCUUGAGGUUACUGCUCCUCCAAUGGAGGCUCAACUAGAUAUUGAUUUUGCUGAUACUUUUGCUAAAUCUCCUGUUUAUCGGAGGAACCAAGAACUUAUAAUGGAGCUUAGUACUCCAGCUCCAGGGUCCAAAGACCUACACUUCCCAACCGAAUACUCGCAAUCGUUUUUCUUUCAAUGCAAAGCUUGCUUCUGGAAACAACAUCAAUCUUAUUGGAGACACACUCAAUACAAUGCCAUACGCUUCUUCAUUACAAUAGUUAUUGGAACCUUAUUUGGUCUAAUUUUCUGGAACAAGGGACAAAAAUUAACCAAGCAACAAGAUGUGUUGAAUGUUAUUGGUGCUAUAUAUUCUGCUGUCAUAUUCCUUGGAGCUACCAAUGCUUCAUCUGUGCAGUCUGUGGUUGCUAUCGAAAGAACGGCUUUCUAUCGAGAAAGAGCUGCCGGAAUGUAUUCCGCCUUGCCGUAUGCAUUUGCUCAGGUGACAAAAGUUAUUCACCCUUCACAAAUCACCACUAACCCAAAAACUUAA